AAACCAUGGCGUUUCCAGAAUCAAUAAGCCUUUGUUUAUUCUUGGCCAUCCUCCUCUCUUUCUCUACGCUCUUCACCAUCUCCGACGCUCGGAAGUUUGAAGUCGGAGGUAGCGGCGCGUGGGUUCCAAAUCCGCCGGAAAAUUACGCUUCUUGGGCUGGAAAGAGCCGUUUCCUAGUUCACGACACACUCUGUAUAUAUAAUCUCUCUCUCUCUCUUUCUCACUUGUCAAAUUUUAGCUACGCCAAGGGAGCGGACUCAGUGUUAGAGGUGAACAAGGCUGAUUACGACGCAUGUAAUACCAAGAAUCCGAUCAAGAGAGUGGACGACGGAGAUUCUGAGAUCUCGCUUGAUCGUUCUGGUCCAUUUUACUUCAUCAGCGGCAACGAAGAUAACUGUAAGAAAGGGCAAAAGCUCAACGUCGUCGUCAUAUCUGUUAGAACGCAGGCUCCGCCUCCUCAAGCCUCCACACCGGGAAAUUCCCCGCCGGGAUCAAUGGCACCUAAGUCUUCUUCCCCUGUUUCUCCGACGACUUCUCCGCCGGGAUCAAUGGCGCCUAAGUCUUCCUCCCCUGUUUCUCCGACGACUUCUCCGCCGGGUUCAAUGGCACCUAAGUCUUCUUCCCCUGUUUCUCCGAAGACUUCUCCGCCGGGUUCAAUGGCACCUAAGUCUUCUUCCCCUGUUUCUCCAGCGACUUCUCCACCGGCACCUACGCCACCUAAAUCAUCUUCCCCUGUUUCUCCGUCCUCUGCUCCGGUGACUUCCCCGCCGGGAUCAAUGUCACCCAAAUCUUCAUCCCCUGUUUCCCCGAUGACUUCUCCGCCAGCACCACAGGCACCUAAUCCAUCUUCCCCGUCCUCUGCUCCGGGAUCUUCACCUCCCGGAUCAAUGGCACCAAAAUCUUCAUCCGCCGUUUCUCCAUCUUCGGCUCCGGGGGUAUCUCCUUCCUCUGAUUCUUCUUCGCCGUCAGAUUCUCCGCCUGCAAACUCACCGUCGGCGAUGGGUCCCUCGGGAGUAGGUCCGUCAGCGGCCGGUGAUAUCAAUGCGCCGGCGGAUGCUCCAGGCGAUAAAAAGUCAUCUGCGAAUGGUAUGGCCGUUAUGUCGGUAACUACAGUUCUAAGUAUGGUUUUGACCAUCUUUAUGUCAGCU